GAGGGCUCAGACCGGCUCCGACACGGAAAAAGUAGGCUGUGGCCUGUUCUAUGCUAUCCCACAUUCCACAGGGAAAACCUCAACGUGAGUCAUAGUGGUCCGAUUUGAAUACAUUGAAGUACAUAUCAUGCUGACUUUUGUUGCCUAACUUUCGUGGAAUGGAUUUGAGUCAUGUUUAGUUUGAGCAAAUAGCGCUCAAUUUAAGUAUUUACAUGAAAGGGCGUCACUCGCAUCAGUAGACUUAUGUGAAACAAUUAGAAAAUUGUGGACUUUAUUUUGUUUGCUGAAGACUGGACGUGUGGGUUACCACGCGUUGUAAAAUAUCUUGUCCCGUUAAGAAUUUAGGGUGGUAGUGUGGGGUACAUGGCCCUCUGAGGAGCAUUUAGUUUGAAGUAAUGUCGGUCAGAAUCCCGACAAUGAGUGUGCUUCCUCCUGUUCGAAGGGACCGCAUCAUCGCCCAGCUCCCUCAGUGUUUCUGUGAAGAAGCUGCUCUUCACACUAAAGACGGCUUCCACACAAAAGUGAAGACUGCUUGCCAGGAGCAACGCACUGGCACUGUAGGUCUCUGUGUAAAAUGUUCAUCCAGUAGGUUUAAGAUCUCCAAGGUGAUUGUGGUUGGUGACCUUGCUGUGGGGAAAACCUGUCUGAUUAAUAGGUUUUGCAAGGAUGCUUUUGACAAGAACUACAAGGCAACGAUCGGUGUUGACUUUGAGAUGGAGCGUUUUGAGGUUUUGGGUGUGCCAUUCAGCUUACAGCUGUGGGACACUGCAGGCCAGGAGAGAUUCAAGUGCAUCGCCUCUACAUACUAUAGAGGAGCUCAAAUUGUCAUCAUUGUGUUUGAUGUGAAUGACGUCGCCUCCUUCGGCCAUACCAGGCAGUGGCUGGAGGACGCUCUGAAAGAGAACGACCCUACAAGUGUUCAGCUCUUUCUCGUUGGCACAAAGAAAGACUUGAGCUCUCCUGCACGGUACUCUCAGAUUGAGGAGGAUGCAAUCAAACUGUCGCAGGAAAUAAGUGCAGAAUACUGGGCAGUAUCGUCACUGACAGGGGAGAACGUGAGGGAGUUCUUCUUUCGUGUUGCAUCGCUGGCAUUUGAAGCCAAUGUUCUGGCAGAGUUAGAGAAAAGUGGAUUGAGGAAGAUUGGCGAUAUUGUCGAAAUUAACAGUAAUUCCAAAAACCCGAAUUCAGCAUCGAAGAAGAAACAGCCCAACUGUUGUCAGUAGAGAGAAGCACCAGUGAGAUGAUGGUACUGUACACAAGCCAAAGGGAACAUUUUCCCAAGUCCAAACGUGAACCUGAGAUCCCCUCUACCACUCCCAAACACAUGGAAUGCUGCAGUGAGAGCUGACAGCCAGAACAUUGGGGUUUGCUUUCACAGACAUUCAAACUGAAUUUGUGCUGGCUUGGGAAAGAAUAGUCCUCAGUUGGAUGUGGUUUCCUGUGGUGCUGCUUUUUCAUCUUGCCCAGUUAUGAUCCAUUCAUUCCCUGGUGUUAUUACGCUUUCUAGUAUUUCAGUGGUCUUUUCCUUGUGGUAUGGCCGUAAAAGGCAUAUGGACAAUUAUUAUUUCUUUGAAACUAAAAUGUAUAACAGCAUUGCUUUGUAUUAGAAAAGUAUCUGCACAAUUGUAAUAUUUUGCUUAGACACAAUAUUUUAAUAGCGGCACUGGGAGAGAUCAGCAUAAUUUAUAGAUUUUCAAAUGUUCUUCAAGGUACCUUUUUAGUUCAGUUGAUUUUCGGAUCAAACAUAUUGUUUUAAUCACUUUUAUACCAACACAUUUUUACUGGCCAAAUACAUCAAUAAAUAACUUGUAUACAGUUCCAGUACAACUUAUUCCAAAGUAAUGUUUUUAUAAAAGGUACAGUAUAACAUUGCUUAAUUAGACU